CGUGACGUCGGGCGGACCCGGACGCGCGGAGGUGGCGGCGGCGGCGGCGCCUCCUCCUUCUGCUGUUGCGCCCCAUCCCCCCGCGGCCGGCCGGUUCCAGCCCUCGCCCCGCGUCCCCUGCCCGCGCCCCCGCCCCGGGCCCCGCCAUGGGCCUCACGGUGUCCGCGCUCUUUUCGCGGAUCUUCGGGAAGAAGCAGAUGCGGAUCCUUAUGGUUGGCUUGGAUGCGGCUGGCAAGACUACCAUCCUGUACAAACUGAAGUUGGGGGAGAUUGUCACCACCAUCCCCACCAUAGGCUUCAAUGUGGAAACAGUGGAAUAUAAGAACAUCUGUUUCACAGUCUGGGAUGUCGGAGGCCAGGAUAAGAUUCGGCCUUUGUGGCGGCACUACUUCCAGAACACUCAGGGCCUCAUCUUUGUGGUGGACAGCAAUGACCGGGAGCGGGUCCAGGAGUCUGCUGAUGAACUCCAGAAGAUGCUGCAGGAGGAUGAGCUUCGGGAUGCGGUGCUGUUGGUGUUUGCCAACAAGCAGGACAUGCCCAAUGCCAUGCCUGUGAGCGAACUGACUGACAAGCUGGGGCUUCAACACUUGCGUAGCCGCACGGUAAGGAUCAUGUCCCUUUGGCACUGGGCUCCAGGCUUUCCUGGGGAGCCCGACUGGACAGGGGAAUCCCUUUCCUUCCCUGAGGCUGAUUUCCUUCUCUUUCUUCCUACAGUGGUACGUCCAGGCCACCUGUGCCACCCAAGGCACAGGCCUGUAUGAUGGUCUGGACUGGCUGUCCCAUGAGCUAUCAAAGCGCUAGCCAGCCAGGGGCAGGCCCCUGCUGCCCGGAAGCUCCCGCGUGCAUCCCGGGAUGGCCAGACUCCCGGACUCCUCAGGCAGUGCCCUUCCUUCCCACUUUUCCUCCCCACAGACAGGCCUCUGCUCCUGUGCCUGCCUGCAUGCUCUCUCUUGUUGUUGGAGCCUGGAGCCUUGCUCUCUGGGCACAGAGGGUUCUGCUCUCCUGCCUGCUGGGACCUGUGGAAGGGCUUCCUGGCCAAGGCCCCCUCUUCCAGGGGAGGAGCAGGGAUCUGGAUUUAAUUUCGUUUUGGUUUUGGUUUUUUUGGUUUUUUUCUGUUUUGGGUGUACCCUUGGGGCCAGGUUUGGGGGGAGGAAAGUGAGGGCUCCGGGUGGUGCUAUGAUGUGGGACUGGAUAUUGAGUAAUAAAUUUGCUGUGGUUUGUA